AACCGAACAUCGCAACCUUCGGGAAACUCCAUAUUCGGUCGAUCUCUACAAAUAACAAUCACCACAUGGCAAGGAUUGCUGCAAGUACCAUUAUAAUUAAUAAUACCAAAGUAUUUAAUAAUACAUACUUUCACCUCUUGUUGUCUCGCAUAACAUUGUUUGUUUUAUUGUGGAUGAUUAAGAGGAUACAUACGUGGUCAUUUUUCAAUACAAACGUUCCCGACAUUUUCCUCUCUAGAUUUCGGCCCUAGAGAAAUAUUUUUUAUAUGAGUUCAAUAUCUAUCUAUUAUUGUACGCUUUUCUUUUUUUGAUAUUCUUGUUGUUAACUAGGCUACUUGGAAAUGCGUUAACAACAGACGCCUAGCGUAUAAAACCGGUAAUAAUAAACGCAAAAAUAAAAUGGUCAGACAUAUUGUUUUUCUCAUUCCGUUCCCAAAAUUUUGUUACGAUUGGUUAAGUUUGAGCGGAGGAAAAUGAAGAGAACAAAACCUCGAUUUCUGAGCUUUUUACGCAGGAUUUUUCACCUAAGCUGCAGUUGUCCUUAUCGCACUAAUUUUAGAUAUUUACCUAAAAUUCUCAAAUCUGAGACGGGGCUCAGCUGGUAGGUAUUUCCUUUUAAUAGUAGUGGAUGAGACUAUCUGUCAUAAAGACAGUAUGUGGCAGAUACAUACUUUUGGCGCAUUGUUCUAUACGCUACCACGUAUUGAUGGUAUGCUGACUGCACAAUCUAUUAUAUGCCUGCGGAAUGCUUGAUCCGAGGAGGGAACAUUACCGACUUUAUGGUAAAUAGAUACCUAGAAACUUUCAUGUAAAAAGAGUAUGACAUAUGUCUGACCUGGGAGUCUGGCUAAGGUGACAAUUGCUUGCGCUGCGACAAAGAAAAGCUUUGUGUUCCUCUAUCACUCUUCCACAUUAGCGCGAAAGUGACCUUUGCGUGUCGUUCGCUACGAAGCGUAAACAAUUGGCAUGUUGGUUACGCACCCUGGUCCGACUGACUUAAUGGAACACAAGUAGUAAGCAUUCAUCGUUUAUUGUAAAUAGAUUUGAAGCCAAGACACAAUUUAAGAUGGUAUUAUGUCGAGCAAGUAAUCAUUACUAAUAUUAUAAAAUGCGAAAGUGUGCCUGUCUGUCUGGGUGACUGUUACUUCUUCACGUUUAAACCGCUUAACCGAUGUAGUUGAAAUUUGAAACAGGGAUAGUUUGAAUCCCAUGGUAGUGCAUACUUGCAUAGGACAGUUUUUAUUCCAGAAAGUAUCCCUUAAGGGGGCGAAAAGAUAGAUGGAAUUUCAUAUGGCGAAUCAAUAACCUCUGAACCGAUUUACAUGAAAUUAGAUAUGAAGAUAGUUAGAGUUGUAGAAAAGGAUAUAUAAUAGUUUUAUCCACGAAAUCAUCCCGUACGUAUAAAAAGGGGGGUGGAAGUUAUACAUUUCUAAAAAAAGGACUAUAAGUUGAGGCUUAUAAUCGUUUAACUAUUCGUAAGAAAUAACUAAACUGGCCAAUGCGAGUCUCGCCUACCGGCGGCAACAGAAAUACAUCAUCCAUCACGGUUCAUGAGACAGCCUAGUGACAGACGGACAGACAGACAGGCAGACGGACAGCGAAAUAUUAGUAAUACAGUCCCGUUUUACCCUAUGGGUACGGAACCCUAAAAACAAGGCUAUGCAUUUUUGACCAAUUAUCUAGCCAUCCUUUUAGGGGGUGAAAAGGAGGUAGAGUUUUGUUUGGGGAAUAAGCUAUAUACUAUAAAAAUAAGCUACCCAAAUGACUAAAGAAAGUAGGAAAUAAAGCAAAUAACUUACCUAUAAUGAGAUUUGAUACCCUACCCAUUCGGGUAAAAACGAUAUAUUGUUAAAAUGUACAUUAUUUAGAUUAUGGAAAACUAUCAGCGUUUCUACCUAAGACUUUAUUAUGAUACUUAAUAAUAUUAAAGAUUAAAAUUCUAGCAAGGCGAUCACUGAUCAUUGUAUUUUUAUCUUUACGGCUUACCUCAUACAAACCCUUCAUGGAAUAGAUAAAAGAGAUUCAGAAGUAUAAGUAUUUUAUGAAUCAAUUCUGCGUAAAAAAAACAUGUGCGAUAAAAUGUGACCUGCGAUAGUGGUACGAUGGGAUGGGAGCGAGCUGAGCAGUAGCGCCCGAGCCGCCGGGAUGUGGGGCCCACCGCAGCUUGUGCUCUUCGCGGCCGCUGUCGCCGCCGCCUCCACUGCCGCGCAAAGAGUUGGACAAGAGAAAUCAUUGGAAGCUGGCCUAGAGCAUGGCGAGAAAAAAUUAAGCGAAGUGAUCCUGGCGACGAUGGAGCACUACCAGCAGCCGGAGCCGGUGGGGCUACCUGGCGCCGACGUGCCCGACCCCUACCCCGUGCCUGAUAUGACGCACUCCAUAUCGUUCGGAACCACGCUGCACUUCAAAAACACUCUUGUUUAUGGCAUUAGCAAGUUUCGAAUUCUACAUAUCAAUGCAGAAAUCGGAGACAUGGAGGUGACUGCCGCCUUAUUGAUAGACAAUCUGCAAGCUAAAGGGAACUACACGUUAUCGACAUGGUUAAACCGGAACAACGGGCCGUUCACAGUGCACGUCCGUGGACUCCAUAUCACCGCCAAGGCUAAUCUCGGGGUAGAGCGCGACGGAAAGCUCAGGGCUCAGGACAUUACCAUGGACAUGUCGUUCAGCUCAAUGGUUGCCAACUUUGAAAACCUCGGCACCUUCGCGAGCAUGCUUCAAAGUGUCAUAAACUCGGCUGGCACUCUAUUAUUUGAUUCGAUCAAGCCAUUCGUCCUCAAGGAAGCCUAUACCAAAGCCAGAAAUGGAAUUAACGAAAAACUGGAGCAAGUAGCAGGAGAUGUGCAGUUUCCUAAUUCCGUGUCGCCGUUGGAUAUGGUGAUCGCAGACGCCCGAAAGAUCGUACAGGAUAAGGGCAUGGAUCCAUAUCAAGUUAAGGAUUAUAAUACUACAGUCAGCGUAUUCACUGUAUCCUUGACUAAUAUAUGGAUUACAGGAAUAUCGUCUUUUCAUCGCGUGGGCAAUAUAACGUUGAAAAUGGAAAAUAAUACGGCCAUUGCUGACUUUGAAAUAGGCACGCAGAGAAUGUUGGGUACUUUGCAAUGGGACUUCUCAGCCAUCAGAGGCCUGGUGAAGCGUUCUGGGACUGCCUCUUUUUCAGUUGAAUAUCUGAACGCGAGAAUUGUUCUGGCCCAGCCACUAGACGUGAGAAAUACUCCCGAAUUUAGAGAACUAGAUUUAGAAUUGGGUAAUAUACAAGUUCGUUGUGAUGGCGCAGGCACUUUGGACUACGUCAUUGAACUGUCUGUCAACAUAUUACCUAAUCUAUUACGUUAUCAAAUUAUGGAUGCUUCCGAAGGUCUCAUAAAAGGAAAAGUGCAACAAGAACUAAAUAAAAUCAAUGUCGAAGAAACAAUUAAAGAAGAAUUACCAAAAGUUGAUGAAAUUCAGCAACAAGGGUUUAAAUUAUCAUCUCUAAAAGAUAUACCCUCUGUUACAGAAUCUUUUGAUGAAGAUGAUUUUUUCAAUUUUUAGUUAAGUAAACUUUAAAAAACCUAACUUACUUAAACAUAUUACUUUCUAAUUAUUGUAGUUUAUUUAUCUACUCCAACCUCUUAUCCAGAUAUAGGAGGCUAUAUCUAUAAAAUUAAGCCAGCUGAUCCUAUUUAUAGCAAAAAAUACCUACCUGCUUAAUCACAAGAUUAAGUAGGUAUUUAUAGUAGGUACCUAAAUAAAAUACCAACUUCCUUAAGUUAAUUCCCUUUUUUUUCGCUAAUUCGUCUGCGUGGAACUUCUUUAUCACAAUUUCUUACGAUCGAACCACUUUGUAGAUGGAAUCCGGGAUAUAAAUAUACGCUGUAUCCUAUUCCAGUUCCCACGAUGUGUACGAGUAAGUACCAAAUCUAAUCCAAAGUUCGCCUUUGGUUUCGCUCUUAUUAAACCAAAUGUAAGCUUACAAUGCUUUUAUUAUGUUUUUAUUGUAAAUUUCCUGCCUGUGACAGUGGUCAGCUGAAUUUAUAUUUAUGAUUCCAAAUUAUAAAUAGGUAGUUAGGUAAGUAGUAAGGUUUUACACACACACAAUGUUACGACAAUGAAGAGGUUAAUAUCUUUUCUACUUUCUGGCUCUAGUGUAUAAAUACAUGAUUGGAGAACCAAUUAAUAAAGGUUAAUUGGUUUGUUUA